UUUGCUUGCAGAUGAUCAGCGCACAAACGCGCGAGACAGAACGGUUAGCAACGGUGUGGUUUUCGUUCUGAGUUUUUCAACGUUUUAAUCAAGCUAACUUCGUUUAUUCAAAACACGGAAAAGGUUACUCUCCAUGCUUCGAACCAUCGCUUGUUAUAUCAUCUAAGUGCUAGCUAUCUCUUCGUAAACGGACGUGGGAGAGAAAAACCAGAAGGAAACUCCCCGGAUGGACAUCAUUAGUCGAGAGGGCCUAACGUGUAAACAACGCUUUCAUCGUCUUUAUCCAACGCUAAAAUAAUGUUUGGUGCCUCGAGAUCUGGGGGUGUAAGGGGAGGGCAAGACCAAUUCAACUGGGAUGACGUGAAAGGCGAUAAACACAGGGAAAACUACCUCGGGAACUCUCUUAUGGCACCAGUGGGGCGAUGGCAGAAAGGCAAAGAUCUGACUUGGUAUGCCAAAGACAAAAAAGGCGGUGUUAAACCUAUGUCAAGAGAAGAGGAGCUUGCUGCUGUGAAGGCAGCAGAGCAAGAGGCACUCCUGGCUGCCCUAGGCCACAAGAAUAUAAAGAGACAACCAACUGGCCUGACCAAAGAGGACCUUGCAGAUGUGUGCAGGAGGGAGGAUACGGAAGCUGAGGACAGAGAUGUGGACCGAGUCUCUGGCCUUGGAAGCUCCGGUGCAACGUCACGGAAAAUGGUGUUCUCCCAACAGGAGAAGGAAGCUGCCAAAAUCGGCUUGUCAGUCUUUACACACCAUAAAACAGAAGGGAAGUCUGGAAACCAGGAAGCCUCUGCCAGAAAAACAUCUGAGAACACAGAGAAACAGGAUGUGGAUCAAAGACAUGAGAGCAGCAAAAAGAAGAAGGAAAAGAAGAGCAAAAAAGAGAAGAAAAAGAAGAAGAAAAGGCAGAGAAGAGACUCUUCCUCCGAUUCGGACGAUGACAAAAGGCGCAGAAAGGACCACCAUCAUCAUAAUCCAUCAUGCCUCAGUCAGACUGGAGCCAGACACCAUGACAGCCAUUCAAGGGGGGGACCAAAGGGUGAGCGCCACCCCCCAUCCUCCCAACGACGCCAGCAGAGGCAUGACACACACUCCUCCGACAGGGGGUCCCCUGUCCCCCGUCACCGUGCCAGCUACAAGGCAGCCCAUGCUGCUCCGACACAAAGCCACAGGCGGCGCCAUGACACAGACUCUGACGACUAAUGUCCCCCCCCCCACUCAAUCAGAGACACGCCGAGGGAGAGGAGCGCUCUAGUCCACAGCAGAGCAGCUUGACUGGUCUAUGGACUGUCCUCAUGUACCUCUGGACUGGACUCAAGGGCUGUGGUUGAGAACAGUAGGUCAAUCUGUAGGCUACUCCUUAAACCACCAGCAGGCUUGUGGCCUUGUUUGAACUGACCAGUUUUUUAUUUGUGUUGAAUUUUGAAUUGUUAAAUUUGUUUCUAUUGGUAUUUUAUUUUUCUGAACCAGCACAAAUGUAUUUUAUGAUCUAAGUCUAGCUACCAAAAUUGAAGGACACUUCAUGCAAUUGAAUCAGGGACUACCGAAAGCAAGUUAAGUGCAUGUGUUCUUGGUGCUGAAAAUAAGUUAGUCAAUACAAACUAUUGGUGUCCAAGACAUUAAUUCCGGUGUCACACUUGCCCAUACCACCAGUAAAAAAAUUAAUAAUAAAUGUGCGCCAACACCUAAAUGUUA